AGGCCAAAUGCGGAACUAUGGAUGUAACAGAUCUAAUUAUUGUUGAAUAUUGUAGAAAAAUAGCGUUGAAUCAAAAUUCUUGAUUAUAUAGAAGAUAUUCUCACUGCGAAAAUUUUAUAUGUGACUUUUGUUUAGAACUAUAUUUAGGGCGGAAGAAUAAUCAUAACACCGCGCAAUAACUUCCGGCGUGAAGAAAAAAUGGACGAUUUUUCUUGACUAAAACUUAGGAAGAAGUAAUUAUUGCUCAUAAAGUCAGUAUCGUUAAUUAUUUAAGCAUGAGGUGUCCGUAUAGUCAUACCAGUAAUAAUUUAGUGCAAAUGGAUAUCAUUAAAAGUGAAGCAGUAAUUUGAAUAGUUUAAAUAACAAUGUUCAUGUCGAGAGGAUGGAUGAGCAAUCCUUAAAUGAGCUACUUGAAUGCUCAGUAUGUCUUGAACGUUUAGAUCAUACAAGCAAAGUACUCCCAUGUCAGCACACAUUCUGCAGACGUUGUUUGGAUGAAAUAUACUGUAUGAAACGCGAACUCCGGUGUCCUGAAUGUAGGACUGUGGUGGAAAUUCCAGUGGAAGAGCUACCCUCUAAUAUUUUGCUCAUUAGGCUGUUAGAAGGAUUGAAGACCAAAAAUUCUUCAGAACGCUCCAGGUCUCCUAGGAAAUUUGAGGAACACACUCCUUUUGGGGGUCAUACAUCUAAACAGCAGAGUUUUGCACUAAAUCAGCCAUCAGCCAAAGCUUUGUACAAUUAUGAUGCAACAGAACAAAGUGACCUUUCUUUUAAGAAAGGGGAUAUUAUAUUGCUCAAGAAACAGGUUGAUGAAAAUUGGUAUCAAGGGGAGUUGAACAACCGUCAGGGAUUUUUUCCUGCUACUUAUGUUCAGGUGAUUGUUGCCUUACCUGCAACAAUACCACAAUGCAGAGGGCUGUAUGAUUUUGAUGUUGAGGAUGAAAAUGAUAAGAAAGACUGCUUAUGUUUUAAAAAGGAUGAAAUAUUGACUGUGAUAAAAAGAGUAGAUAGCAAUUGGAUUGAGGGGAAAAAGGGAGAGAAAAUUGGAAUAUUUCCGAUUUCUUUUGUAGAGUUGAAUGAUGCUGCAAAAGCUUUGAUAAGCUCCAAGAGUUCCACAAACAGUUUGGGUGGAGGUGACCACACGUCACCCUCUCACACUCAGUUUCUUAAUCCCGCCUCUAUAGCCAGUCAGCUCCCUCAACAGAAGCGACAUUCAUUUACAGCAAUGCAGGAAACACCCUCUCAUGUUUACCAUCAUAAUCGCAGAUCUUUAGAAUUAAGCAGCAAAGGAAAUCUGGAAAUACCCCCGCCAUCUUCUGCAUCAGGUCAUGCGAGAUCCCCACCGCCAGUGCCAAGGAAAGGGCCAGAGCAGUCCCCGAGUGUCACUGACCAAGCCGGGCUAGGCAGCAGAGAGAAGACAUCAAGUAGUAGGGGAGCAGCAUCAUUGCAAGAAAACUCAAAUUCUAGUACUUCAAAGACCAAAAUAUUUGUUGCACUUUAUAACUACACACCUCAGAAAGAUGAUGAGGUUGAAUUAAAGAAAGGAGAUUACUACAGUGUUAUAGAGGCUUGCCACGAUGGAUGGUUCAAAGGUCGAUGUCUCAAGACGGGCAAAGCCGGUGUCUUUCCUGGAAAUUAUGUUCAGAAAGUCAGAUCCCCCACCACAGGAAGUGCUCCAAAUAGUGUCCAUAAUGUACGUGCCAAAGCAUCAUCUGCUUCAACAUCUUCAUCAUCAAAAUCUUCAUCCAGGCAGGAAAAAGUAGUUCCAUCCAGACAGGAAGUGUCGUGCUCUUUCAGACAAGACAGUAGUGCUUCAUCCAAACACCUGUCUCAAAACUCCAACAAACCUGUGCCAUCGUCAGCGUCUUCCAGUUCAUCGUCUGGCUUACAAGUGUCCCCUCUCCCGUCUUCCACUCACAGAUCCCACCUUCAUCCACCCUCUAUACAUGUAGCAUCACAGGCUGCAGAGGCCUGUGGUAACUCCAAAAUAUCCUCAUCAUCCCAUGUUACAGAACAUAUGUCACCACCAGCUGGAAAUGUACCAAAACCUGUGUAUGUCAAGGCGUCAAAAUCAGGACAUUUGAGGACCACUUCUGAAGAUGUGCAGACAUUAGCUGCUAAUGCAGUGGUGAUACCUCCUAAUUCAGUAAUAGGUAAAUCGGGCCCUGCAUUGGGUGGUGUCAGUACCUUGGUGUCUUUGGUCCCCAAUGCACAAUUACCAGAUUCUGUGGGUGCUUCAGGAGAGUCUUCACAGUCGAACAAGAAAGAGAGAAAGGAGAAGGAAAGAAUGAGCCUUGUGAAGAGACUGACCUCUGGAAAGCAUAAGAAGGUCAAGUCUACCCCAGAUAGUGAUGGAGCUGUACCCCAGGAGAAAAUAGCACACACAAGAUCAGGAUCCUACCCCUCAGAGGUUGCCACCUCAGUGGAGGGUCAGCAUGUCAAGACCGGGUCAUUUGAUUCCUCCAUCUACCCUCCACAUGGAUCAAAACAGAGCAAGCAAAAGGCUCUUAGUCGAGAAAAAUACAGAUGCAAAGAACCUUACCCUGCACAACAUGUGAUUGAGUUGGACCUUAUGGUAGGAGAUAUUGUUUAUGUGACCAAAAAGCGAGAGGACGGCUGGUUCAAAGGAACGCUACAAAGAAGUGGGAAAACGGGUUUAUUUCCUGGAAGUUUCGUGGAAAAAGUGGAUUGAUAGAAUUCAGCAUUACCUCUGUAUUUAUUCAAUAGAUAAAAAUUCACUUGCAGUAUGCAGAACAGGAGUCGUGUAAAGUGAUGGAAUGUUUAGCUGUAAAUGAAAUGCCUUACGGAAUGCAGUGCUUCAUUUUAACAGAAACAUGCUACUGCGGUAGUACAGUCAAACUGAUUUUUGGCAGUUGAAAUAAUGUUCACUUUAAUGACACCAUUUAACAACUCUCUUCAUAAGAAAGUGAUAGUUUUGUGUUCUUGAAUGUCUAAAAUUCUAGGUACUGGCAGGACUUAAUACGAGGUUUAUUCAUGGUCGUCAUUUUCUGUCAUCACUGAUGCUGGGUUGUUUUUUUUUUCUUCGCAUAUUUUGGUUGUGACUGCCAUUUUAGUUAUGCAUUUUCAGUUGGAUAUUAUGGAUGCAAUAUUCUAAAUAUUGAUUUUACAUUACUUUUUCAUGCGAUACUUUUCCAUGUUAACAUAAUUGAUAAUUAACAUUUCAAAUUAAGGUUGCUAACAAACAUAUGUAUAAUGAUCUUAUUUUGUAUACAACUAGCUUGCAUUUACAGUAUAUUAUGAACACUGGGCAUUUAUAGACAUUAUAAACGUGCAGUAACUGUGCAUAACGUGUUUGACAUCCAACAUAUUGUUCAAGCUUGUACAUGUAUUUAUUUUCUUCUUCAUAUUAUUGAUGCUGAAAACUCUUCCUAUUCCUCAUUUGCAGCAUGCUUAAUGUAGAUUGAGAGGACUGACCAACACAUACUAGUAACUAAGACUUUAAGUGAUUCACAAACAAGUUUUGUGUAUAAACAAAAAUGUAUGUGGUGUGUGUGUGUGUGCUUUAUUUAGGGAUUGAAAAAGUGAUUCAAUGAGGUUCAACAGUGCCAUUAUAUGUAUUACAAUGUGUCCAUAUUCAGUCUGAAAUCUUUACUAGUUACAGUUGACUCUCUCUUUGAAGCAUACUCAGAUUGGUGAAGAGACAAUGUCAAGUUUGUUUUGAAACAGAUUACCCAUGAACUGGUACUUAUUUUCAAACGGGGGUUUCAUUAUAAAAGGAAACUGUAGAUUUCUUAUGUAUGUGACGAAUUUAUUAUCGCAUGAUUUAACAAGGAGCACUACCCACAAAAUACAAUUGCUGCUUUUAUUUUUAUAUUGCUGAAAUACAUUUAAAUACUCUUGAUCAUGUUCGCAUGAUUACAUGUCAUUUCGCGAUAUUAAGUACUCACGUAACACGAGAAAUCUACAGUAAUUUAUUCCUUGUGAGUUAAGUCAUCUGAGUAUACAAUAUUCUGAUUAUUUCGUGAGUAUACAAUAUUCUGAUUAUUUCGUGAGUAUACAAUAUUCUGAUUCGUGAAAUCCAAAAUUGUAGUUGUAUUUCUGUGUUGUUAGAUGAAACAAAACAUGGAGACAUACUCAGAUCAGUGAUAUUUUUUGAAGUUGAUAUAGUUGUGAUUUUUACAUGUUUAAUUAUAAAAGCAUUUAUGGAGCUAGUGCUGUGAACUAUUUAUAAAAUUGAUUUUAUCAGAGCCGGAGUUUAUUGUAUAGAUAAAACAUUUUUAUUUUUUAUGUGUUGUGAGUGUCUAUGCAUUGUUUAUUGUUCCUGGCUUGCACAGAAAUGUUAUUUUUCUUGUCUAUGCAUCGUUUUAUACAUGAUUACGUACAUGUAGAUGAACAUUCCAACAGCAAUGUGGUGUAACACUGUGUUGUUAUACACCCUAGAAGUUAAUAAAGUCACAAUGAGAUUUCUCAAAAAAA